UGGCACGGACUGUAUCACCCCAACGUCGUCCAGCCCUAUGGCGCGCGCCAUAUCGGGCCACCAUUCUUCGCCUGCGAGUACGCGGGCGCUGCACUGGGUUUACGCUAUCUCCACGCCAAGCGCAUAAUUCACAGAGAUCUCAUGUGCAACAACAGCCUCGUUGGAAGUGACGGCCAAGCCAAGUUGACGGACUUUGGGCUGAGCACAUUGGGGGUAUUGGUAUCCGCCGACGAAAAUCACGGGGAAGACGCUGAAAUAUUGUUGAAAAACGGCGAGCAAGUCAAGAUUGGAGCUGUUCGAUGGAAGGCGCCCGAAGCGCUACUUGGAGAAAAGGCGACGUAUUCAUCCGACGUUUAUUCGUUUGGCAUGUGCAUCCUGGAAGCGGUUAGCGGGAAAUACCCGUGGGGUAUGGCCUUGCUAGAUGUUGUUGUUAAAUAUCAAGUUGUGACGGCGCAGCGUAUUCCCCAGCGCCCUGGUCACUGCUCCGUGGAAGCCUAUGAGCUGGUGAAACGCAUGUGCCAAUUCGAAGCCCACAAGCGG